AGCUUCCUUUUUUAUAUAUAGCUUCUUGCCACAGGUGGGGCAGGUUUGACCCAUCACUCACUCUUGAAAUCAUCACUACAGAUCCUGACUUGACAUACAAUCUCUCUUAUGAAAAGUGAAAGUCAGAAAAAGGAAGGCAUGACUGUAGUCGUAUGAAGAGAAGUCAACAUCAGACAAUGCAAGUAACCUGAGCAGAGGCUCACAGACAAUGCUCUGUUCAGAAAGUAGCUUCUUCUUUGGGCAGCCUUCCAGCUUGUGUAGCAUUACUUCCUCUCUCAAGCCUGGCCCCUCUGUCAGUUGUGAGUUCAGUGAGGAUACUUCCUGGUUUGUUUGCAAUUUCAACAUUGGUGAGCAUCAAGAGGGGCGUCAGAAACACGAGUGAGCAGAAUGCAUGCCUGAAUGUACAAGGGGAGCUUGCCUGGCAAAUUGUGAGAGCUCCUUGCUUGCACCUGAACUAGAUUCCAGUUUGGCCAUGGCCCUUGUAGAGACCAUUCGGCUGUGGAGCGAGGGGGUGUCUGCAGCUGACCACAAAGACUGGCCAGCUGCUCUGUCUGCCUUCACUUCGGUUCCGAAUCCUUCCUCCAAAAUCUGCUUUAACAUUGGCUGCACCCACCUGGUCAUGGGGAAUUUGGAUGAGGCACAGCAGGCUUUUAUCAGGAGCACCAACAAUGACAGACACUUAGCAGUGGCAUACUUCCAGCGAGGAACGGUGGCGUACCAGAUGGAAAAUUAUGAGUCAUGUAUUAAUGACUUAAAAGAGGCUUUGGCUCAGCUACGUGGGAACAACCUAAUAGACUACAAGAUCCUAGGCCUGCAGUUUAAGUUGCUUGCUUGUGAGGUGUUGUACAAUAUAGCCCUUGCCUAUGCCAAGUUGGAUGACUGGAAAAAGGCUGAGGAGCAUAUGACAAAAGCAGAGAAAUUGAAGACUGGACCCCGACACAGCAAAAUAGAUAAGGCCAUGGCAUCUAUCCUUAAGCAAAGAUUCUUUGAGCCCAUAGUGAUUCCUGAAGGGAAGUUGUUUCGGCCAAAUGAAAAGCAUGUGGCACAGCUGGAGAAGAAAGACUACUUAGGGAAAGCUACGGUUGUGGCAUCUAUAAUUGACAAAGAUGAGUUUGCAGGCUUUGCACCUCUUCAGCCCCAGGCAUCGGAUCCACCUCCCAGACCGAAAACACCAGAAACUCUUAGGAUGUUGCAGGGACAACCGCAUAGAGUCUUAUAUGAAUUUACACCAGAAACAGCAAAUGAGCUACAAGUCCUUCCAGGGAACAUUGUUUUUGUCUUGAAGAAGGAAAAAGACAACUGGGCUACUGUUGUAUUCAAUGGAAAGAAAGGGAUUGUACCUUGCAACUAUUUAGAGCCAAUGGAAAUGCUGAACCAGAGCACCAUCUGGAAGGAAAACGAUGAUGAUUUGGACAUCCCAGAGCCACCCAGCAUUGCUGCUCCAGAACGUCCCACCAGGCGCCCCCCAGGUCAGAAGAAAGUGCCAGAGCCUGAUAGCUCAGCUCCAUACAUUAUCAAGGUGCACUAUAAAUACACGGUGGCCCUGCAAGUGAGCCCUGAGCUUUCGUAUAGCAGUCUUUUAGACAAGGUCUGCAAGAAGCUGGAGCUCUCCCCGCAGCACACAACUCUGAGCUACCGGCUUACAGACAAUGCUGAGUUGGUGCCUCUGAGUGAGGACAAGAUGGAGACGCUGUGGAAUCAGGCGGAGAACAAUUGCUUGACGUUGUGGUGCAGCAGCCAGGAGAUGGGAAAAGACGAUCUAAGCACAGAAAAUGGCGAGGAGGCUCGGGAGAAGACGGAAAAAGAUAUGGAAGCAAAUCAAGUUGUAGCACGAUAUAGUUAUGAAGCCAGUCAGCCAGAGGACCUGGAGUUUCAAAAGGGAGAGACAAUACUUGUUCUGGCUGAAGUGAAUGCUGAGUGGCUGGAAGGCAAAUGCAAUGGAAAAAUCGGCAUUUUCCCCAAAUCCUAUGUUGAAGAGUACAACAGCCAAGAUCCUCCAUGUGAAGAACAACAAACUCAAACUCAAUGAACUCGGUUUCCACUUCUUUUUUGAGGCAGUUCAUCUCGUUAAAAAUAUGCCAAAUCCUCUGCUAACUGAAGCCUCUAUGAUGUGUGUGGUUAUAUUCUGCUUUCAUGGAUAUCAGUUAUGAUGCACACUGGGGUUUUUUUUUUUUUAGCUCUUUCCGGUCUAAAAAGAAGGUCAGGACAAGUCAUAGUAGGAGAGUGAUCGCUGUCCAUUUAUAUCUCUGAAAUAAUGGAAAACUCAAUAUAGUAUUGCAAGGUUCUGGUAGAAUUACCAUGCCACAACCUAGAGCACAGGUACAGAGUUUUUAGUAACAUAAGCUGAAAUAUCUUUGACUUCUCCAAUGUUUUCUCCCAUCUUCUGCUUUGAUAAUUAGAAUUCACAUGUCUGCAACUCUUAGCUUGGCUGUGGCUACCUGGAGGCACAGUACAGCAUCAUCUGUAAGGCUGUUAAGAGUUUCCUUGCACCCGACAUCACAACAUAUUGAGAAUAUCCGUGCAUUAGAAAACUUAGUUUGUUUGCAAUUUGUGGAGUUUGUUUCCAAAAGGUAUUAAAUCCCCCCCAAAAUUGAAAAAUACUUUAAUUAGUGGAUGUUUUAAUUAUCUGUUGUAAUUUGCUUCUAUAAUUGUUGUUUUGGCAUCUAAUGAUUGCCGGUUGUGAAGCCACCCUGAGCUAGGAGUAGAAUAUUAUGCACAGAUAUAAACUAACAAAAUGUAUUAUAUCACUCUAGUACAGGGUUGGAAAAUUGCAUUAUAUAGCAAAAGAAUGCAUAUCUUCAGCACUUUCUCCCCUAAAUCUUGUUACAUUUAUUCAGACAGAUUUGGUACCUUUUUCAAACAAGCCUCAUGUUUAUCCCUCCAGCAUUUUGUCAUCUGGAGCUCUCCCAUUAUCCUCCCUAAAUGAAAUGAUGUACAGAAGGUCCCAAGAGACAGUGAAAACUAAUAUAGCAUGUUUUUAUCAUCGUCUAUGUGUGUAAUUCCUAUUAAAACUUGUAUGACUUGAUAAACCUCCGCCAUUUCUGAGCAAGUGAA